AUGGCUCUACCCCAAGGAUACAAAGUCAGGGCGGUUCAAGCAAAUGAUCACAAGCAAUAUAUGGCAACAUUGUCCGUAUUGACCUCUGUUGGAGAUGUGACGGAAAUGAAAUUUUUGGAGCUCGUUCGCCACUGGGACAAGUACUCCGAGAUAUACUAUCCGAAAGUCAUUGUCGAUUCGAAUGACUGUGUAGUUGCUACAGGAAUGCUUUUCAUAGAGCAAAAACUUAUUCACGGAUGUGGGAGGGUUGGCCAUAUUGAGGAUAUUGCAGUGGCAAAGUCCCAACAAGGAUUGAAGGUCGGAAACAUGUUGAUUCAGCAUUUGAGUAAAAUAGCCGAGGAAGCGGGCUGCUACAAAGUCAUUCUAGAUUGCUCCAAAUCAAAUGUUGGAUUCUAUGAAAAGUGUGGCUACAAGGACGCUGGUAUCGAAAUGUGCAAAAGAUACGACUAG